CCGCCGCUAAGACUGAUGGGAGUUGUAGUCCGGGUGAGGCUCCCUCCUCCCUCCCCGCCUCUCCCCAUAGCAACGCGCGGCGGACUCCAAAUCCCAGGAUGCCCCGCGCGCGCCGCCCCUUCCCCCUUCCUUUCCCCCCCCCCCCUCCGCCCCCCCCCCUCCCUCCCUCCCUCAGGCCGUGUUGUCGCGGCGGCCCUGAGAUGGCGGCGGUGGCGGCGGGCGCGGCGGCCGGGGCGGCCCCUCAACAGCAGCCGCCUCCUCCUCAACAACAGCCGCAGCCGACGGCGGGAGGGCCCGGAGGCUCCGGGGAAGCAGCAGGAGGAGGAGGAGGAGGAGGAGGAGGCGGUGGGGGGGGAGCUGGCGGUGGAGGAGGAGGAGGAGGUGGAGGAGGAGGAGGUGGGGGGGGGGGGUGCAGGGCCCGGCCCGGGGCCUGGAGCGGGAGGUGGAGGAGCAGGGCCCGGUGGUGGGGCCGGGGGGGAGUCGUGGUACCUGGCGUUGUUGGGCCUGGCCGAGCACUUCCGCACGUCCAGCCCGCCCAAGGUGCGGCUCUGCGUGCACUGCCUGCAGGCCGUGCUGCCCCGCAAGCCCCCGGCCCGCAUGGAGGCCCGCACCCACCUGCAGCUCGGCUCCGUCCUCUACCACCACACCCGCAACGGCGACCAGGCCCGGGGGCACCUGGAGAAAGCGUGGUUGAUAUCGCAGCAAAUCCCACAGUUCGAGGACGUUAAAUUCGAGGCAGCCAGCCUGCUGUCAGAGCUCUAUUGUCAGGAGAAUUCGGUGGACACAGCAAAACCUCUGUUACGCAAGGCCAUCCAGAUCUCACAGCAGACCCCAUACUGGCACUGUAGGCUGCUUUUCCAACUUGCACAACUACAUACUCUUGAAAAAGACUUGGUAUCUGCAUGUGACCUUCUCGGUGUUGGAGCAGAAUAUGCUCGGGUGGUAGGAUCAGAGUAUACCAGAGCACUGUUUCUGCUAAGCAAGGGAAUGCUCCUUCUAAUGGAACGGAAGCUGCAGGAGGUGCACCCUCUCCUUACCCUGUGUGGACAGAUAGUUGAAAAUUGGCAAGGAAACCCCAUCCAGAAAGAGUCGUUACGCGUGUUCUUCUUAGUCCUGCAGGUCACGCAUUACCUGGAUGCUGGGCAGGUGAAAAGUGUGAAACCAUGUCUGAAACAGCUCCAGCAGUGCAUUCAGACCAUAUCCACGCUGCACGAUGAUGAAAUUCUGCCCAGCAACUCUGCUGAUCUCUUCCACUGGCUACCCAAGGAACACAUGUGUGUGCUUGUCUACUUGGUGACAGUGAUGCAUUCCAUGCAAGCAGGGUACCUGGAGAAGGCUCAGAAGUACACAGACAAAGCACUAAUGCAGCUAGAGAAGCUAAAAAUGUUGGACUGCAGUCCUAUCUUGUCGUCCUUCCAAGUUAUUUUGUUGGAACACAUUAUUAUGUGUCGGCUUGUCACAGGACACAAAGCCACAGCGUUGCAGGAGAUUUCCCAAGUCUGUCAGCUCUGCCAGCAGUCCCCCAGAUUGUUCUCUAAUCACGCUGCCCAGCUGCACACUCUAUUAGGGCUCUACUGCAUUUCCGUUAACUGCAUGGACAAUGCAGAAGCACAGUUUACGACAGCACUGAGGCUCACUACACACCAAGAGUUGUGGGCAUUUAUUGUGACAAACUUAGCCAGUGUGUACAUCAGGGAAGGCAACCGGCAACAAGAGCUUUACAGCUUAUUGGAAAGGAUAAAUCCAGACCAUAAUUUUCCUGUGAGCUCUCACUGUCUUCGAGCAGCAGCUUUCUACAUCCGAGGUCUGUUCUCCUUCUUUCAAGGACGAUACAAUGAGGCAAAACGAUUUUUGCGAGAGACACUGAAAAUGUCAAACGCAGAAGAUUUGAAUCGAUUAACAGCGUGUUCUCUAGUACUCCUGGGUCAUAUAUUCUAUGUGUUAGGGAAUCACAGGGAAAGUAAUAAUAUGGUAGUGCCAGCCAUGCAGCUUGCAAGCAAGAUACCAGAUAUGUCUGUGCAGCUGUGGUCUUCAGCUCUGUUGAGAGACCUGAACAAAGCCUGUGGAAAUGCAAUGGACGCACAUGAGGCAGCGCAGAUGCAUCAAAACUUCUCACAGCAGCUCCUCCAGGACCACAUCGAAGCAUGCAGUCUUCCAGAACACAAUUUAAUCUCGUGGACAGAUGGACCACCUCCUGUACAGUUCCAGGCACAGAACGGACCCACCACCAGCCUGGCCAGUCUCCUGUGAAACAGAAUAACUAUCAGGACAGUGUGUUUAAACAGAAACAAGCAAAAAAGCCAAAAAAAAAGAAAAAUAGGAGAAAAAUUCAUUGCAAAAUCUUUUCUUCAAAGAAAAGGCAGCAAAUUCCUCUUCUAGUGAGGGCCUUGUAGGAAACGGAUUGCAUAAAGACAACGUACAUUUCAUAGACUUGCAAAGUGAGAAGGGCAUUUUAAGCUGCUUUUACAUAAUAUGUGUGAAUAUACAGCUAGUGUGUAUAUAUCUACUGGUUGUAAUCUGCUUUCCUCUUACUGAGAAUUAAGGUUUAGUCCAAAGGACACUUGUUCCUUAAAUUGUUAGAUACUUGCUUUUUAAAAAAUUGUCACAGCAAACGAAGAGGACUUGCACAGUUUGGAAUACCAAUUGUAUUCUAAAUACUUAAACCUUCCCUGAAGUAUGAUGCAUGCCAGUUUUAAUGUUUUCUGUGCCCUUCCACUCCUGGGAACAAUGGGAUUAAAUCAUGAUUGAUUGUAGGGUGCCCUAAAGUUCUAAAUUUAGCUUCUGAGGUAAUAUUCUUUCCUCUUCAUUGUGUGCAAGUCAUUGCCAGCGCUGUUUGUAGCCUUGCAGUGAAGGUAACGCUGAGGUCGGUGAGAUCUGAGUUCUGACGGACGGGGUGUUUGCAGCCAGGGGUGAGUUACGCUCCUCGGGGUGGCCUCCAGGCUGAGCAGAGCAGGCUUGCACUGUCACCAGAGGAGCCGAUUCCAUGUCCUGGAUUCAUGAGUCUGUGACAGUGCGUGCCACCACUUGGUCCCCAUGAGGGUCUCUUCCUUCUUUCUCCCUGUACUGUUGAUGCCCAGACCCCCAGGGUAAGGCAGAACCACAGCUCUUUCCGUCUCUGCUACUUCACAGUGAUUUGUACUAAAGGAGGAAAUUUCUCCUCCUCCUGUUUAGGCCAAGCAACUGGGAAGCAGCAUUUUGAAUCUCUACUGCAGCCUCACCAAGGCAAGGCAGCAUCUGUGCCUUAAUGAUUUUCACAAACGAUUGAAGUGAGUUAAACUAGGUGGUUGAAAGCCAGAUCCGAUAGAAGCAAGAGGCCUAUGAUAAAAAUUAAACUCUAGUCUUGCACUUGGCAAAACCGUACAUUUCCAAAGCUUUUUUGUGCUAGUGUUCCUGGUUUAGCUCAGUUUUUUUGAACUCUUCAGCUGGUUAGGCUCCCUGGAUUUGCCUGUGCUUCUGCAGCUGUCCUGAAACAGGAGAGGCACAGCCCAAGUUUGUUCUGUAGGAAGCAGUACAGGAGUUGUUAAUUCCACAAAGCACCGGCAGCCUUAUAGCAAGGAUCUUUGCUGGUCCGUUGUAGGUGUGAUGUAAACCUUGCAAGGCUCGUGGGGUCAAACAAAGGUGUUUUGCUCCCUUCAUAGCCCUGCAUAUUUAUCUCCCAAUUUUAAAAGGGAAAGGGAAAGGAAUCUGCUAGACAAGUUCCUUUUGUAGGGCUUUGUGUGAUUGCAUUUUUUUUUUUUGAAAGAGAAGGAGAAUGUUUUCAAGGAAAUAUUUGACCCCUGAAACAUUUAGAAUUUAUGGUAAAAACAGUCCUGUGAAACCUGUAUUUAAUGCUCAUUCUUUUUGGUCUUUUUUUUUUUUUUUGCUCAUUCAUUUUUUUUCUGUCUAGCAGCAGCUCACACAGACACCUGCACUUUAUAAUCUGAACCCCUCAGCUUUAACCACUGACUGAUACAAAAGGGACAAGUUCUUGUCCAAGUACCCAAACAAGAUGUUAUGCUUCCUCUAUCAGACGUGAUGGUGGUUUAGCUCCUGUUCUCAGUUACUCUUGCAGAAGCUGUGUGUCUUUUAGGCCUUUAGGAAAAACGCGACCUCAAUAUUCGUGUAGGGAAAGAAUAUUAUUAGGGUUGCAAGAAGAAGGCUCAACGCCAUUUGAAAGUCUCACGUAUUCCCUAAAAACUCCCCAAAAAAGGGAAGCUGUGAGCUCUGUUACUGUCCAGGGUAGUUGCAGAUAGCAGGUACAGGCAGAAUCCAUGUGGACAGGAGCUAUUUUGUGUUGCUUGCUGCAGUGUUUGUCGAGACAGAGCAUCCUGUGUCUGCCAGAAAGGUUGAGUUUAGGUCCUGUGCCCUCAAACUCUGCUGGUGUGGCGCAGCUUCCAGGUGAGAGGAGGUCGAGCCAGGCUCGCUCCAUCACCCAUUUGGGGCAGCUGGGCUGAGAUAGAACAAUUCCAUAACAGGCUUGGAUUUUGGUGGGGAAUGGUCAGGUUAAUUCCACCUUAGGAAUAUUGAUACCACAUGGACUUUAGGUCUUUAUUUUAUUUAUGUAUGGGAAGUAGUAUCUCUCCUGGACUGUUCCCUCUACUGAAUGCUCUCAGGAAGUCACUUGGGUUGCAAGAAGUCCGUGCCUGUUUUAAGCACCUAAAUGCCAUGGGGGUUUUCUCAGCAGUGCUCCUAGCAGCUGAGGAAUGACUACUAACUGAAAAAGGUAGUACCCAUGUACUUUAAAAUUUACCAGUCCCAUCCAAGUAAUACAGAUUUACUUUCUUCUGUCACCCCAUCUGAGGCUGUUUAGCUGAUACAUAUCGAUGGCAACUAUACUAAAUCACUUCAAAUGUUGGCCAAAAAAGCGCUGCUCCUAUAAGGCAGUACUUAAAAUUUUAAAACGUAAUUAUAACAACUCUGGAGAGCUGUGGUUUGAGCUGAGUUUAAGUAAAGCAUUUGCAGCAAGCAGGAUAUCCAAGUGCCCGUGCAGGCAGCUGCAUCUCCCGAGCUUUCCUUCCAGCUCUGGGAGCUGCGUUGCCCAGGUCUGUGUUACGGGAGAGUGUUUGCAGUGGCAAUUUUCUGGCUCCUCGUUGCACAAACUAGGCUGCUUUGUAGUUCAAAUCCCUUGCCGGUCUGUUCUCAGGAGGGAAGGAAGUACUUGAGGGAAAGGCUUGCCUGCUCGCUUCUGAUGUAAGUACGCUCAGGUUUUCACCAGGAACCACUAGCCAAGUGUGGUAGCUGAACUUGGAAUGUCAGGAAGAAGAACCUGGGCUUUCCCGGUGUGCGAGGAGCCAGCUUCACCUGGGCUUUCCUUCCGUGCAGAGUGGCGCCUCGGGCUGAGCCGAGGCAUUGACCCACAGCCCUGCGGAGCUCAGAACUCAGCUCCACCUCUAAAGUCCUCUUCCCGUCACAGAACUUCAAAAAUCAUGUAAAUUUGAAAAUAACUUGGUGAUUUUCUAUCUCUGAAAUUCAAUGUACAUUUGUUACAAUGUACAGUGCUUUUUAACUACACUUGUAUAUUAAAUUAUUUAAUAGUU